GGUGAGGGCUGACCUAGCACGCGUGCGCGCUCUCUCGGUGGAGCUAGUCUGUGAGCUUGAGUGGGAGGUGGCAGGCCUCAGACUCCGGCCUUCACUACUGACUGAACCAGCGCGACGUCUCCAACCAUGAACCGGUUUGGUACCCGGUUAGUGGGAGCCUCGGCUACCCCUCCGCCACCGCCGCCGAAAUCCCGCAGUAAUGAAAACCUCGACAAAAUUGAUAUGUCUCUCGAUGAUAUCAUCAAAUUGAAUCGAAAGGAAGGAAAGAAACAGAAUUUCCCACGACUAAAUAGAAGACUCCAGCAAAGUGGUGCUCGGCAAUUCAGGAUGAGAGUACGAUGGGGAAUCCAACAAAGUUCUGGUUUUGGUAAGAAUAGUCUGAGUCGUAGAGGAAGAAUAAUGCCUGGCAAGAGACGUCCUUAUGGAGUUGUCACUGGCCUUGCAGCUAGGAAAACAACUGGAAUUCGAAAAGGGAUGAGUCCUAUGAAUCGGCCACCUCUAAGUGACAAGAAUAUAGAACGAUAUUUUCCAGCGUUAAAAAGGAAGGCAAACCUUUUGAGACAGAAUGAAGUUCAGAGAAAACCAGUUGCAGUUCUCAAGAGACCUAACCAGUUAAAUAGAAAAAAUAACAUUCCAACCAAUUAUACCAGAAGUGGAAAUAAAUUAAGUCACCAGAAAGAUACUCGUCAGGCAACUUUUCUUUUCAGAAGAGGCCUAAAGGUUCAGGCCCAGGUGAACACAGAACAACUGCUAGACGAUGUAGUAGCAAAGAGAACUCGUCAAUGGCGGACUUCCACCACAAAUGGAGGAAUUUUGACUGUAUCCAUCGAUAACCCUGGAGCGGUGCAGUGUCCAGUAACUCAGAAACCACGAUUAACUCGUACUGCUGUACCCUCAUUCUUGACAAAACGGGAGCCAUCAGAUGUAAAGAAAGUUCCUAAAGGUGUUCCCCUACAAUUUGACAUAAAUAGUGUUGGAAAACAGACAGGAAUGACUUUGAAUGAGCGAUUUGGGAUCCUGAAGGAACAAAGAGCCACUCUCACAUUCAGCAAAGGUGGAAGCCGCUUUGUAACUGUGGGAUAGAACCCAUGUUAAAGGGACUUUGAGUGAUGACUCUGUUAAAAAAGUUGAAUUGCUUGAAGAGUUCAUCACAGAAAUUCAAGAAACUGUAUUUGAAAAUAUUCACAAGGCUAAAUACUUGUAUUUUUAUUUUUGAAUUUUUUUAAACAUGUAUAAAUAAUGCCCUGAAAGAAUAACAGGGAAAAUGCCUUUCUGUUCUUAAAGAUUUCUUGGUUGACCCAGACAGAAGAAUUUGCUAUUUGACUUCUUUAGUUCCUCAUACAGCAGAAAGAAGACAGAAAGACAGAAAUUGAUUAUUUUUGUGAUAGUGGUACUUAGGAUCUCAUCUCCUUUGCCCAGUUUUAUACUUUACCAUGGUAAAUCUUGGUCUUCAGAAAUAUGAGUAGGCCCCUUGGUUGCCAUCACUUAUUCUUUAAUAGUGUUGAUAUAAGAAGUGCAGUUGACUUUUCUUCACUAGUGAUAUUUAAAAAAUUAGAAUUGCACUUUUGGGUUUUAAGAUUUAUGGGAAUAUCUGAAACUUGGUUCAUUUUUCAGAUAGUGUUAGGUUAAUGCUCCAGAGUUAUAAGUCUUUAAAGUUGAAAUUUUAAAAAGAUAUGUGACUCUAGGCAUUAGUCUCAGUUUAAAAAUGUUGCUGUUUGAAGGCCAUAAAUGCAUGUUUACAAAAUUAUCUAAUAGAGCCUUGGAGGAGAAAGUCCAAUGUGAAAAUCUGACAAUUUGUGUAAGUAAAUGAAGAAAGCAUGAGGGGAAGUAGCAGGUUGAAGACAGGUUACUGAGGUGAUAAACUUUAAAACCCUGGUCAUAGGUAUACUGUUUGAAUUUAGUGUGGUCUUGAGUCUAGUGUUCACAAAGAAUUCUUCAAGUGUAUUUAGAAAAAUUGUAAUUAUUAAAAUGGUUUGAGUCCCUUAGAUAUUUUGAUAGUAAAAUUAAUAGCCAUAAAGUCCUAUACUCUUCUUAUUUGAAAAGUUAAACUUUAUAGACAUUUAAGCUUAUUAAAUUAAACAGUAUACAGCUCCAAAAACAAAAAUAUACUUGAAUAUGUCAUGAAGAAAAAAAUGUGAAAUGAAAAUAGAGUUAUGUUAUAACCUUUUUUAUACCUUUCACUCUGACUACUUGUAUAAAGUUGAGGCAUUUGUGGUGAGAAAAAGAUUAUUUCCUGCCACACUCUGGAGGGAUGGGAAGAAUUAGUCGUCAGUUGUGCCAAGCUAGUGCUAAGAGUCCUCAGAUGGUUGUAUACUAUAAGUUACAGUAUAAUGCCAAAAUGCAGCAAAAUAUCCAUUUACAAGUUUGGUCAUGUUGAAGCUUAACCUUUUGGUUUGCUAUAAUGGUAAAUCCUCUUAAGUAGGUGCUAGCUUCCCUGCAGUAUAAUUAGCAUUGAUUUCUCUGUUAAGAAAAAGAAAAAAGAAGACAUUAAGUUAUGGCUCCUGUCUGCCUUGCAUUGUAUACUAGACUUCAUUAUUGUCUCCCAUGGUUACUUGGUUUAUGCUAGCCACAGAAAGCUAUCAAAAACAGUUUCAUGCUCCUACCAAAGAAUUAAAUCUGAUCCUUAAUAUCUGGUAUUUUGCCAGUAAAUCUAUUGAUGUUGGAUUACUGGAAGCUGGUCACACAAUUUAAAAAUAAACUCAUCUCUCCUUAGGCCAAGGCCUCACUCACUGUAAAACAUUUUUGCAAGUACAAAUGCUUAGAUAUGACCCAUGACCAAUACAUUUUAGACUGGUUUAGAAUUACUGGUAGUUUAUUUUAAAGCAGAGGAAAAACAACUGAGCAUGAGUUUGCUGUCUUUAGAACAGUUUGUGAAAAUAUGGUAUAAAGAUGUUUUCAUUUUCUUAUUAUUUUAAAUAUUUUACAGAACUGUUAUUAAUGUAUUUUUUGAAAACAUUAAAAUUGCCCCAAAUAUUAACAUUAACUACAUCAAGCAACAACACAGUGUUUUUGGUAUAUUAAACUUUUGCUCUUCAUGCAUCUGUAAUUUCAUUUCUUUUUAAUAUAAAAUUUUGCUUUUGUUACAACUAAAUUAAAAUUUUCCAGUGCUAAUGUGUUAUAUAUAAACAUAAGAAUAUGCUUUGUUGGGGGAAAAUUUUCUUUCUUGGAAUGUGGUAGUAGUCAUUCUUUUUUAGUUCUUAAAAUUUUUUUUUCAAAAACAAGAUGUAACUAAAAAUUUCCUUUGCAUCAAGGUGUAUGCAAAACAUUGAUGCAGUGCAUCACAAAAUGAAAGUUUAUAUUUAAUGAGGAGAGGCUUUACACUGUACUUUCCGGUGAUUUUUGGAAAAGUUACGUUUAGAUAUAUUCUGAAGCUGUUAAUUUUUAACAAAUAAAAUGUUACAGGUCUCAAAUGA